AACCCCUACCUCAUAUACCUGUCUCUUGCUCUCUCCUAAAGGGCAGUACUCUACUCUCUCCUCCAGCUCUGCUUCACUCCCACCUUAUUUGACUGCUAUUUCCUGUCCUAAUGUGUUUUAUACCCCACCUCCUAUAGACUGUAAGCUCGUUUAAGCAGGGUCCUCUUCAACCUAUUGUUCCUGUAAGUUUUCUUGUAAUUGUCCUAUUUAUAGUUAAAUACCCCUCUCAUAAUAUUGUAAAGCGCUACGGAAUCUGUGCUAUAUAAAUGGCGAUAUUAAUAAUAAGAUUGUUAUUCGCUAUCUCACCUUUUAAAUUGUGAUAGUCUAAAAGUAUGUCCAGUAAUGUCCUCAUUUAUAUAUCUUUCACAAUGUGUUUUUUCACAGGAGAUUCAUUAAUAUCCCAUCGCGACAUGAAGUUCUCUACCAAAGACCAAGAUAACGAUAUUUACUCUUUAAAUUGUGCAGAAUUGUUCAAGGGAGGCUGGUGGUAUGAUAAAUGUCACUAUGCAAACCUGAAUGGUCUGUAUCUGUUGGGGCAGCAUGCAACCGGUGCAAUUGGCAUCAACUGGUAUUAUGGCAAGGGUUACUCCUACUCCUACAAGUACUCUGAAAUGAAGAUCCGACCAUUGUAAUGUCAUGGGUGGCAGGUUUCAUAUUCUCUACCCACUAAAAGAGUUAAUACAAACAACUGAGUACGUGUCCAGUCAGACUUCACUAGUUAGCUGGUAGGACCUUUUGUCUUGUCCCACUAGGAGUAGGAAUUAGAUAUAGAGAUAUAGAGUAAAAAGCAAUAUUCCUGUAGCACACGGCAGACCCAGGUAAGUAGCCAAACUGUUUAAGGGACACUAUAAGCACCCAGACCACUUCAUCUCAUUUAAGUGGUCUGGGUGCACUGUUCCUGUCCCCUUAACCCUGUAAUGUAAAACAUUGCAGGUUUAGAGAAACUGUUUGAUUACAUAGCAAUGGUAGGACUGCCUUUAGUGACUGUCUACCAGACAGCCACUAGAGGCACUUCCUGCUGUUCGAAGGAGUUUAACUCCUCGGCGUUAAUAGUGAAAUAAAGCUUGGCGUCCUUAUGC